CGCGAUGACGUGUGACACCGGAGUUUGGAGACCGCGCCAUGGCCAGGAAGGUUUCUUAUUUCUAUGACCCGGACGUGGGCAACUUCCACUAUGGUGCUGGACACCCAAUGAAACCACAUCGCCUGUCCCUCACGCACAGCUUGGUUCUUCACUACGGACUCUACAAAAAAAUGAUGGUCUUCAAGCCGUACCAGGCCUCUCAGCACGAUAUGUGUCGUUUUCAUUCCGAGGAUUACAUCGACUUCUUACAGCGAGUGAGCCCCAACAACAUGCAGGGCUUCACCAAGAGUCUGAACACCUUCAAUGUGGGGGACGAUUGUCCAGUUUUUCCUGGAUUAUUUGAAUUCUGCUCGCGCUAUACGGGAGCUUCUCUGCAGGGAGCGACACAACUGAAUAACAAGGUGUGCGAUAUCGCCAUCAACUGGGCAGGAGGACUUCACCAUGCCAAGAAAUUCGAGGCUUCGGGCUUCUGUUACGUCAAUGACAUUGUCAUCGGGAUCCUUGAACUGUUGAAAUACCACCCUCGUGUCCUCUACAUCGACAUCGACAUCCAUCAUGGCGAUGGGGUGCAGGAGGCCUUCUACCUCACAGACAGGGUCAUGACUGUAUCCUUCCACAAGUAUGGGAACUACUUUUUCCCAGGAACAGGUGACAUGUAUGAAGUGGGAGCUGAGAGCGGGCGUUAUUACUGUCUCAACGUUCCUCUCCGCGAUGGGAUUGAUGAUCAAAGCUACAGACUGCUGUUCCAGCCCGUUAUCAAGCAGGUUGUGGAUUUCUAUCAGCCAACCUGCAUAGUGCUCCAGUGCGGUGCGGAUUCCCUCGGCUGUGAUCGGCUCGGUUGUUUCAAUCUCAGUAUUAAAGGGCACGGGGACUGUGUGGAGUUUGUGAAGAGUUUCAAUAUCCCUCUGCUGGUGAUGGGUGGCGGGGGCUAUACUGUCCGCAACGUUGCCAGGUGCUGGACAUUUGAAACUUCGUUACUGGUUGACGAGGAGAUCAGCGAUGAGCUGCCAUAUAAUGAAUACUUUGAAUACUUUGCACCAGACUUCACGCUUCACCCGGAUGUGAGCACCAGGAUUGAGAACCAGAACACAAGGCAGUACCUCGAUCAGAUUCGGCAGACCAUCUUUGAGAAUCUGAAAAUGCUGAAUCACGCACCCAGUGUUCAGAUCCACGACGUUCCCUCGGAUCUCCUGAGCUACGAACGGAGUGAUGAGCCAGACCCUGAGGAGCGUGGGUCUGAGGACAACUACAACAGGCCUGACGCUGGCAACGAAUUUUACGAUGGUGACCAUGAUAAUGAUAAGGAGAGUGAUGUGGAAAUCUGAAGACCAGAUCUGUGGCUUUCCGUCCCAUAGAGCAGAGGCUGAGCGUCUCUCGUCUGCCCCUGAAACAGGUGGUCGUUCCCCAGCCCCUGGACCCUUUGAGUUUGCUGUUUGGUUCUUUCGCCUAGCGGGGGAGAAUUUGUUGGUUGGAAUCGCUGGCACUCUGCUGUGGGGCGUGUGGGCAGUUUACAUCAUCCAUUCAGAUACCAACAGUUGGUUUUAGACACCAAGCAUCGCAUCAAGGGGUUCAGGGUUUAAGUCGCUGACACUGAGAAUCACUGGAUCUGCAGCGUGGGACAGCCGUUCUUUCUCAUCAGGAUAAUCCAGAGAUUCUGAGGUGUUGUUGGUACCCUGACCCCACCUUCCCUCACAGACAUGCGAGUCAUCAAUGUCCUUUCUGGAAUUGCAUUAUUUUAAGCAACACACUCAAAAUGCUUGAGGAGCUCAAGUCAGGUGGCAUCAAUGGAGGAGAGUAAGCUGUCUCUUUUUCCAGUCCCCAUUCACCCCUCUUCUCACUUGCCUAUCAUCUCUGCUGGUGCCUCUCCUGCUUCCCUUUCUCCCAUGGUCUGCAGAUUCCUCCUCCUUCAGCCCUUUACCUUUUCCACUCCACACCUCCCAGGUUCUUACUUCAUCCCCCUGCUGGCUUCACUUAUCACCUUCUGUCUUGUCCACCUUCCAGUCCUGAAGGGUCUCAUCCCGUAAAGUUGACUGUUUAUUCCUCUCCACAGAUGCUGCCUAACCACCGAGUUCCUCCUGCAUUGUGUGUGUGGCUCCACAUUUUUCAUUUCUCUGACAAUUUCAAUGACACCAUCCUGAGAAUACAGUGGAGUUGUGCAAUAAAUGAGAACAUACUCUGAAAGUUCUGAGUCACCAGGCAGAGUUCAGCCAUGUGUAGACCACUCAGUGUGUGAGGGAA